AUGUACUCUAUCCCAUUCUUGCGCACGGCCCACUCCGGCCAUCGGAGUCCAUUACGACGAUUAUGCAUACUGCAAUCAAUCAACAUUGCCCCUGGUGCCCUGAUCAAGUCUCCCCGAUUUAGUAGGGAAUCAUUCCUCCCACCGAUCAACCCCAUCAAGCAUACACCAUCCGUAUCUUACAGCACAAGGAGUCCACCCGCCGUCAUGCCGGAAAUCCAGCCCCGCUUCCAACAGCUAUUCACAGAGCUGAAGAACCGCUUCAGCACCACCACCUUAGGCAGCGACAAGUGGUAUAUCCUUGCCACAGCCACUCUAGCCGCAAGCCCAGAUCCUGAGCGUGCGGACCAGCUCUGCUUGUACCUCUGCAGCCAGCCAGAGUAUGCGACCUCGCCCGCCCGCCAGGCACUAGUCCGCCGUCUCCGCGAAGCACUGAUCAAAGCCGUCCCGAUUGUCGGCGUCUGCAAGCCCAUUGAAGCAAUCCUUUCCAUUAGCAAAGUUGAGCGCGAUGAAGACAAAGAUUAUACAUUCACGCGCGAAGGCUGGCAAUGCGACCAGGCCAACCAUGACCGCGGCACCGAAUGGAUGCAGAAGUUGUACUCGCGUAACACGGGUAGUACGUUGAAUUUGUUUGCUGCGCACAAGGAUUUCUCUUGGCUUUCGGAGGAGAUUACCUAUGGGCUGUUCUUGUCGGAUCGUCAGGUGCUGGAUGAUGUGGAUACUCAGCUAGUUGUGUUGCCGGGUAUCAUGAGCCAGAAUCUGCCGAACGAGACGCACUGGCAUAUUCGUGGUACGAGGCGCUUGGGUCUUCCUCAGCAGGAGGUCCAGGUCAUCUGGGACUGUGUGCAGCUUGUGGCGCAGUUCUUCGAUGUCAAGUUGAAUAAGGUGCCUACUGUUGAGCAGGUGGAGUAUGAUGUGUAG